AUGGAGUUCCUCGUGCCUGAUGUGCCGCUGUUGAAAAUCUUCUCCUUCCUGGACGCAUUCAGCUUGCUCCAGGCUUCCCAAGUGAACAGGUGCUGGAAUAGGGUUGCAGAGAAUGAUCAGCUGUGGAGAAACCUGUGUCUGAGGAAAUGGAGCUUCUGCAACUUCUCCCUGUGCCUGGGCUCACAGAGCUGGAAGCAGUUCUUCCUCAAACAAACAAGGCUGGAGUACCGGAUGGCAUCGGUGAAGCCAGAGGACUUUAUCUUCAAAGAAGCAAGUGGGAACCUUGGAAUCUUAGGACCUAUGGCUUAUCUGUCAGGACAUGGCCACCCAAUGGGUGGACAGGAGAAGUCAGUCGUUUGUACGGUGUCGUCAAAGCACAUGCUUUAUGCCUGGGACGUGCAGGAGGGCACUAUGAUCUGGUCCAGCCCAGUCCAGCAGUCUAGUAUCAUGCGUCUGGCAACCCUCCCUCAGAUGCAUCUUGCAUUCACUGCGGAUUUGGAGGGAACUGUCAAAGUGUGGAAUUGUCAGGAUGAGGAUGCCCUGGCUACUCUCACCAUGCCUCGGGCCUGUUUUUCCUUGGAAAUCUGUCUCACAAAUGAUGGCCCAUUCCUGAUGGUAGGCAACUCUGAAGGUGACAUCUACACACUGACAGUGCCUGAGCUAAGGGGUGUCUCUAAAGUCAGUGCAUUUAAAUAUAGUGUUGACCUCCUACACUGCUCUCCCAACAAGAAAUGGAUCUUUGCAUCUGGGACACAUCAGAAUAUCUUGCCAGUGGUGUUCCUCACAGAGAGCUUACUGAAACCGUCAGAAGGCAAAAGCCCUCUGUCGCUCUCCAUCCCAUUUUCAUCCUGCUGCAGAGCCUGCUGGGCCCCAAGGAGGACAAGCAGGGUAACAGUGAUGCACCGAAGAGGCUCUUUCAAAAAGACAGGAUUCACCACCUUUGAGCUAAUGGCUGAGAGGACGGGGGACAGAGCAGACAUCCAAGCCCAUCAGAUUGCAACUUUCCUGUUGCCGCUUCAUAUGGAGAGUCCUAUUUGGAUGGGAGUCGGAGACGGAAAUAUGAUUGUCUUUGAGAGUGGGCCGUCCCUAUUCCUCUUCACCAUCAGUGGCCACCUGCUGCAACGAUUUGAGGACCACCAGAGGACCAUCGGCAACUUAUGGGUGGAUUCUGUGCACGUCCUCACCACAUCCAUGGAUGACUCUCUGCACCUGUACACGUGGGAAGAGGAAGGCCGUUAUCCGUACCUCAGGAGCUGCUGUCACCUGGAGCACCUAGGGAGCGACCCAGCACCGAGCUGCUACGUCUCCAAAGCAAUAUGUGAUGAUAUGAGCAUAGUAUGUGUGGUGUCCAGAAUUCGUGAAUCCAGCAUUCUGGUGAUGUAUUCUUUGCAUAUGUAA